GCUUUUAAAAAAAGAAAAUACUGGAGACCAUGAAUAAUCAUAUACAAGUUGAGGCUAUGAUUAUAUUGUGAUGUAAUCGUUUGCUCUAACUACUUUUGUUCAUCCAAAUUCGACAGUUGGCUGCACUACAUUUACAGAGUCAAUAGCGUCACUGUAUGCCCUGUGUUUGUUUUAUCUCUGUCAUUUUUUACACGCUCAUGGUUUAAAGCGUCACUCAAAACAAGCGCUUCAGUCAGAAUCAGAAGCAUAUCCGGCGUUAAAGCAUCAUCAAGCCGAGCCUAAUUUUUAUUGCAUUUUUCCAUUUUAUUUAUUAAUAGUUUUAUAAAAAACAAUGGGUAAAAAAGAUAAAAAGAAGAAGGGCAGUGGAAUUGAAAAAACUGCAAAGAAAACCGAAAAAAAAUUAAAUGCAAAACAAAAAAAAGAGUUGGCUGCCCUCGGUGAGGACGACAUUGAAAAAGUUGUGGCACAAAUUGAAAAAGAAGAAGCUCGCCGACAAAAAGUUAUUGAAGCUAUUGUUGGUCCACCAUCUCGCAGAGUUAAUUUUACUCUGACUCCUCAUCCUUAUAAAAAUGAACUUAUUAUGUUUGGUGGUGAAUUUUAUGAUGGUCAGAAAACAGUCGUUUAUGGUGAUAUGCUUUUUUACAAUAUUAGCAAAAAUGAGUGGACUGUUAUUAAAGCACCUGGUGCUCCACCUCCAAGAUGUGGACACCAAGCUAUAGCUACACAAACAAAUAAAGGUGAACUAUGGAUUUUCGGAGGAGAAUUUUCUAGCCCAUCUGAGUCACAAUUUUAUCAUUACAAAGAUCUCUGGGUGUUCCACAUUGGAGAUAAAAAAUGGGAAAAAAUAACAGUUCCUGGAGGACCUUCAGCUAGAAGUGGCCACAGAAUGAUUAAUAUUAAAAAGAAUUUGUACAUAUUCGGAGGUUUCCAUGAUAACUUGAGGGAUUACAAAUACUAUAAUGAUGUUCAUGUAUUUAAUAUGGAAACUUAUACUUGGAGCAAAAUAGAAACAUCAGGACAUCUACCAGCUCCAAGAUCAGGUUGCAUAAUAUUGCCUACACCAGAAAAUAAAAUUCUUGUUUAUGGUGGUUAUAGUAAAGAAAAAAUAAGAAAAGAUGUUGAUAAGGGUCAAGUUCAUACAGAUAUGUUCCUCCUUAGCCCAGAGAAAAAUGAUCAAACUGGUUUGAAGUGGAAAUGGUCAAUUGUAAAACAAAGUGGGAUAACUAUUUCACCCCGUUGUAGUGCAUCAGCUAUUCUUGUUCAACCGCAUUUAGCUUAUAUGUUUGGGGGUGUUUAUGAUGAGGAGGAUAACGAUGAAGAGCUCUAUGGUCAUUUCUUUAAUGAUCUUGUAGCACUUAAUUUGAAUAAACUUCAAUGGCAUAGUGUAAAUUUGAAGGGGAAGAGUGAUAAUGUUGUAAAAACGAGUCGAAGAAAAGCUAAAGUUGAUGAAGAAGAAGAAAGCAUGGAUGAAAAUGACGAUAAUGAAGACAAUAAAGAAGAACCGACGAAGACCACUAUUUCAAAAACUGUAAUAACAGAUGACGACGGAAUUUUCACGGUCACACUUGGACCUGCAUCUGUAGCUAAUAAAGUGAUCACACCUGAUGAACAAACUGUAGAAAUUUUUACACCAUCACCAAGAAUCAAUCCAGGCUUAGCUGUCAAAUAUAACACUCUUUAUUUAUAUGGAGGAAUGUUUGAAGACGGUGACAAGCAAUACACUUUAAAUGAUUUUUAUAGUUUAGAUUGCAAAAAGUUAGACGAAUGGGUAACAAUAACUAAAAAUGAUUUAUCAAGUCAAGAAUGGUUAGAAUCUGGUACCUCUGAAUCAGAAUCUGAAAGCGAUAGCGAGGAAGAUAAUGGUAAGGAUGAUGAUAACAAUGAAGAGGAAAUGGAGGUCGACGACAAUUAAUGUAAUAAGCAACAAACAUUUGUAAAUUUUUUGUUAUAAAAAAAACUAUUUACAAUAAGUAUAUCUACGUUAUACACGACAAUGUAAUAUUUUCGUUAUCACAAAGAUGUUAAUAAUCUUUUUAAUUCUCCUUGUAGUUGAUAAAUCUGUAAAAAAUAUGUUAGAAAUAUUUAAAUGUAAAUAAUUUUUAUUAAUUAAAAAUGUUC